CCCUAUGCAACUUUAUCGUUUGCAGAAAUAAAUCCUGGAUGCCUAAAAUAAUACCGUCUCCCGUCCUCCCUCUCUCCGAAGACCGUCGUCUCCUCUCUUCUCACUGUCUCUUUCUCUCUCAGGUCGUCUCUAUUUUUUGACGGUGGAAGCGAGGGGAACCAUCGAUCGACGCCGUCGGGUGCUUUUAAAUCAAGAUAUUAGAUCUGCGAUUAGCAGUAGAGUGAAUUAAUGAGCGAUCCGAAGGCGAUGGAUAUCGAAAAGACGGACUUCUCGUCGGAUGGGAAGGGGACGGCAGCUGCCUCUGCCUGCUCGAUUUGCCUUGAGCUAGUCUUGGAUCACGGGAGGAGGUCAACAGCUAAGCUCCAAUGCGGUCACGAGUUCCACUUAGAUUGCAUUGGAUCUGCAUUUAAUUCAAAAGGAGCGAUGCAAUGCCCAAAUUGUCGAAAAGUUGAGAAAGGUCGGUGGCUUUAUGCAAAUGGGAGCCGUUCAUCUGAUUUGGAUCUUGAUGGCUGGGUAGCUGAGGACAUCUAUGAUCUUGGUUAUUCUGAGCUGCCAUUUGGAUUUCAGUGGUUGCCUUUCCGUGGAUUUACUCAGUUGGCAUCAUUGUUUGAGGAAGCAGAAUCAUUCCCAGCUUCAUAUCAUGAGUUUAUGAACAAUUCCAUGUUCCGAGACCAUUCAAAUUCAUCUAGUAGCACUCAUGUUUGCCCGUAUCUGGCUCUACAUGGUUUUCCUAAUGCCAUGCGUGCUGCAACAAUUACUUCUGAUUCUCUUCCUGAUAAUGGUCUAUUCCAUCAGCAUUCCAUCAGCUUAGGGGGUCAGUCUUCUUCUGAAAUGAUGAACACCAAUAGCUUCCCAGUAACUGAACCGCAAAACCAUAAUUGGCAGCAACCCCACUCUCUUUCAUAUCCUGUAUCAGGAAAUACAGAGAUUGCAACCCAGUAUGGUGCAAGGAUGUCCAGAAAUGAUGGCAGCAGCCAACAUAGAUUAGGAUCCUUUGUGCAUCCCAAUUCUCUCAUGCAUGGGUCCGUUUCACGCAGUGGAAGCAAUAUAGCUGGAUCACUAGUCCCACCAGUUACAGGAGAGGUUCGGGGUCACAAUAGUGGAGUCGGGAAUCACAUAUAUCAGCCAUCCUUGUAUUCUUCAUCACUCCAUGGCUCCCCAUUUAGUUCCAUCAGAAGAAUGAGACCAAGGGGAUUAACUCUUGUUUCCUCGGUUGCAGCUCCUUCCUCUGCUGAAGUAAGGGGAUUCUAUGGAUUCUCAGUCUCUGGGUCCAUAAACAGGAGCCAUCAGGAAGGUGAUGGCCUAGGUAGACAUGAGCAGUUUUACAGAUGGGGUAGAGAGGGCAUCAGUCCUCUGCCAUGGAUUCCUAUUGAGGGUGAAGCUCAUUGGUGGGGCCCUUUCAACCCCAACCAGAACCCACAGCCAGGAACCUUUACUCAAAGACCUACAGCUGAAAGGGCUACACAAAACUGCCCAGAGAAUGGAUUCCAGCAUAUGCGGCCUCCACGGUUGCCACCCUAUAUGUAAGGAGUGCAGCACCACAAAAGGCAAUUGUCAUGUGGUUUUUGUAUAUCCUCCGUGUGCACAAAACUGUUUUGAACAUGGGAACUGUACUUAUGCCAGUUUCUUGGUGGGUUCAUCUUGCUGCUAAGGUUUUCUCUUUAAGGUUCCCUGUACUGAGUGCUAAGCUGCUCAUUUGGAUGGCUAUGCUCUUGAAUGAUAUAUAAGUGCCAAACUAAGGAACAAGGUUUGAGGUGUGUUGCUUUUAACUUUUAUUCAGCACAAUUCUCACCUUAAAGCCUGGUGCUGAUAUGUGGGUGAAAUGUUUCUUUCAUGAUGUAAUGCCUAAUUCUAUGGGUUCGCAUCUCCCUAGUAAGGAUUUGUUUGCUCUA